AUGACCGCACCAGCACGACCCCCAAGAGCUACAGACGUGACAAAGAUCUCCACGAGCAGCUUCAGAAGCUGCCGCGUGGCUGUGAUGCGCCAUGUGCUGGUGACAAUCCAGGCGGACGCCGUCAAUGGAAAGCGCUUCCGAUGGAGAGACGAGGUUUCUAUCGACUCUUCGGCGUUACCUUUGAAGGCGAAGUGGGCGGAGGCGAAUGGAGUGCCGGAGAAGAUGGUCGAAUUCUUCGACUCCGUGACUGAACUGCCCGUCAAGCUGGACCUGACGCCCAGCCAGCUGGGAUGGGAGGAGGCAGUCACUCUGCUGGCCGUGCCCGCCGACGAUGAAGGGGCUGCCUCACCACCAGAUGCGCAGACGCUCGGUCGGAAGAGGAGGAAGAUGGCAGAGGUCGGAGGAGAACCCGUGGCGGCACACACGAAGGACCCGCCUGCUGUGCGACCAGCAGUCGCAGAGCCUGCGGCCCCAAAACCAGCUCCUGCCACGAAGGUGGCGGCAAAAACUGCCCCAGCUGCGAAGUCGAAGCCGGCAGAGGCAGCGCCAGCAAAAGCCAACGCAAAGCCGCCACCAGCCCCCAACCCAGCCAAGGCCAAAGGGCCACCAGCUGCCGGCAGUUCAAAGCCAGCUCCCGGCCCUCCGAAAGCUGGAGCCUCGGGAGGGCCAAAGAUGAAGCAGGAAGAGGAUGCCACAAAACUCGUGGAUCUUCUUGGCAAGAACAGCAGUCUUCCGGGGCAGGACGAGCCGAUCAAGUACGCAGAGAACCCGAAGAGGCCUGGCACGUCUGCACACGCCCGCUACGAGAAGUACAAGCACGCGAAGACCAUCGCAGAAGCUUUGAGAUGCGGCGCUGCCAAAGGCGACGUUGAUCACGACUUCAAGAACGGCUUCCUGCGCAGGGCCUAG